AUGAAAGAUGCGGAAAACGCGCCACACGAUGGCAAGAAGAAACAUGAGAUGUUAUGGCCGAUUUUCCAAAUAAGUCAUCAGCGCUCGAGAUACAUAUACGACCUUUAUUACGAGAAAGAGGCGAUAUCAAGGCAGUUGUAUGAAUGGCUUCUCAAGAACAAUUAUGCGGACGCCAACCUCAUCGCCAAAUGGAAGAAACAAGGCUACGAAAAGGUAUUGUCAGAGUUCCUGACUAGGGCUUCCAUAUGUUCCUGUCUCAAACUAUGUCUAUCGACGUUCCAGAUUAACAGUGGAAGACAAGUGAUAUGCUAA